CGAUAGCACAAAAAACUUUCGUAUUUUAAUUCCAUGCAACUAUGGAACAGAGCCAUGCCCGAAGCAAUCGCAGCGGAAGAACGGCCAUGUUCCAAGCGAUGAAGACUCUUCGGUAUGCCUUUUUUUUGCUUGCGAUUGCAGGAGUCCAAUCAUGGAGCUUUUCGUUCCAUGGCCCGCAUCGAUCUCUGGAUACAACGAAGCUCGCCCUUUCGUCGGGCAACACGAACAUGGAUCGCCGGCAGCUUCUUCACCAGAUUGUUCUCUCUACAGCGACAUGUGCACCCCUACUAAUAUGCGCAGGAAAAGCUGGAAGCGCGGCGUUCGCUGCCCCGUUGAUCCCCGAAACCACGAAGGCAACGGCAACAGUCGCGAAGGACAGGUUCGGGUCGGUCUUGCUAGCCACGCAAUACCUGAGCUCUAAACCAGCAGGCGAUCGAUCGCUGGUCCUCGGCCUUAAAGACGAACCGACGUACCUCAUCGUCAACAACGACAAGAGUGCGAUCGAAGAUUUUGCGCUGAACGCGGAGUGUUCCCACCUGGGGUGCAUCGUACCGUGGAACGAGUUCGAGAAAAAGUUUGAGUGCCCCUGCCACGGAUCGAAGUACGAUGCCAUGGGCAACGUCCUGCGGGGUCCYGCUCCCUACGCACUAUCACUAGCCCACGUGACAACCGAGGAAGAUACCGGGAGGAUCCUCUUAUCCCCCUGGACUGAAGUAGAUUUCCGAACGAACGAAUCACCUUGGUGGAAAUAAAGAAGUAAGCUUCACGAAAUGCACAUCAUAACUUGUGGUCGAYGUCGAAUACAUAAUUAUGUGCUCUUCGAUGCUCAUCUUUCCUGGCGCAGUUUCGAUGUUGUAGUUUCGAAAUUUGUUUUUGAGUGGUAUCGAGUGUAGCACCAGGCAACCAMGACUCUGUGRGGAAACGAAACCCAGCUUUGGCGCUUUCAUGAAGUUCUCAACAUUAUCUUAGUGCAACAUCGAGAACCGGAGCUGUGAAGUCUAUGUCCAAUAAACACAUAGCUCCUUG